UCUUGUAAAUAAUUUCAUUAAGGACAAUAUAGUACUUUUAAUAAGAAAGGCUAUUAUGAAAAAUAGAAAGAAUCUAACAGCCAUUUUCAAAGUGGUCCCAGGCCAUAAUGAGUUCCAAGGACCUUGGUCCUGAUCCGGGAUGUGGAUACAACCGGGUCGGGCAAGAAACAGUUCAGGAAAAUCCCGUUACUGUUCCGAAGGGACAUUUAGCAGUCUACGUGGGCCAGAAAGAUGGAGAUCUUCGGAGAAUUUUGGUUCCUGUAGUGUAUUUUAAUCACCCUUCAUUUGGUGAUUUGCUGGAGGAGUCCGAAAAAGAAUACGGGUUUGAUUAUGCAGGCGGGAUUGCCAUACGCUGUCGGAUCUCAGAGUUUGAGCGGGUUCAGAGUCUGAUCAAGGCAGGUCAGUGUACCCGGAAGUUGCUGACGUGGAAGCGAUCCAAUUCAAACGCAAUGGCUUGAUGGAUUCUUCUGUCCAUAUCCAUAUGAU